UCACAGAAGUAUACCGCGAUGAUUCUUCCGACAAUUACUGUAAUCACCCUCACGUUACUCGCCACAGGAGCGAAUGGAAGACAAGGAUUUGGAUCUGGGGAGCAGGAAUGGGGCUACGUAACCGUGCGUCCUUACGCCCACAUGUUCUGGUGGCUUUACUACACCACGGCAAACGUAACGAAUUUCACAGAGAAGCCGCUCGUUAUAUGGCUCCAAGGAGGCCCCGGGGCUUCGUCAACGGGGUACGGGAACUUUGAAGAAUUGGGACCACUCGACCUUGAUCUAAAUGAGAGAAACUACACGUGGGUGAACGACUACAACGUACUUUUCAUCGACAAUCCCGUUGGCUCGGGAUUCAGCUACGCGGAGAAAUACUCGGGAUACCCAAAAACGAACGCUGCAAUAGCCAGCGAUCUCCUCGCCUGCAUCAAAGGUUUUCUCACAGAAUUGCCCGUUUUUGCCACGGUCCCAACUUACAUCACCGCUGAAUCUUACGGGGGUAAAAUGGCCGCCGAGUUUGCCUACGUUUGGUACAAGGCGCAAACUGAUGGGAUAAUUGAAAGUUCGUUGAAAGGUGUGGCGAUGGGUGAUUCGUGGUUGUCGCCGAUGGAUUCUGUCAACACUUGGGCCCCUUAUCUUCUAGCCACGGGGAUGGUCGACACGAUCGGAUACGAGAAAAUCAAAGCGGCCGCACAGGCAACCCAAGACGCAGUCGACGAAGGCAGAUGGUCAGAUGCGACGUCCGAAUGGGCGACAACCGAAUACGUGAUCAUCAACGUGGCGAACAACAUCGAUUUCUACAAUAUUCUCUACAAAGUAGCGCCAUCGUACAGUUCCUCGGCCAGAGAAUUUGCCGCCAGUAAAGCUCUGCUUCGGGACGAACGCGACGACCAGCUUGACGAGUUGAUGAACAGCGUCGUUAAGGAGGCCCUUGGGCUAAAUGUUACUUGGGGCGCACAAAGCGGCACAAUAUUUGCCGCCCUUUAUGCCGAUUUCAUGAAACCGGCAACUGACCAAGUGGAAUACUUGCUGAACAACACCGACAUCAAUAUUUUCGUAUUCACCGCGCAGCUUGAUCUCAUCGUCGACACACCUGGAACAGUUCUAUGGGUGGAACGUCUAAAGUGGCCAAACGCGACACAAUGGCUCAAUUCAUCUCGGAACCCGCUCGUUAUCGAUUCGGUUAUCGAAGGCUACGUCAAGCAGGACAAUAACUUCAAAUUAUAUUGGAUCAACAGAUCCGGGCACAUGGUGCCGACUGACAAUCCUGUUGCCACCGCAGCCAUGCUGGAAGAUCUGACAAGCAACGCCGAUAGCUAGAUGCAUCAGACAAUUAAUUUUCAGUUUCAUAGAACGUAAGAAUUUACUGCAUCGUGCAACUUACUUAAAAAUUAAUCAUAAUUUUUAAUAAAUGCUGUAACUUUGCAUGAUUUCUGGUAGGUAAAAUUUAAUUCGAUCAAAUCGAAGGAAUUGGAGUUAUUCCGGGAUUUUUUCACAACCUUUUCUCAUAUCAUGCCGAGAAACAUUUCAAGUUGUAGUAACUGUCCAGUCUUUAACCGUUUACAUUUUUUUUACUGAAACGUGGCAAUAAUUGUUUCUUUAAAAUAAAUGCUUCCGAAAACAUUCUCUGACGUGAGAUUUAUUAUACACGCCAAAAAAUUGUUUACAUUAUACAGUGCAAAUCCCCCAAGUAACAACAUACGAACGGUCGUUUCUCGCUCAACAAACCUUGUUAAAA